GAAUUCGCUUAUUGUCUCGUUUGGACGGCUUUCUACUUCUUGUCAUCACUUCUCAUGCUAAUCGAUGGUGGCGUCCAUUCGGCUGCGGGAGUUUUUGGUUUCAUUGCGUUUGGAAUCUAUGGUUACGACGCCUUUCUUAAGUACAAGGGCUACAGUGCCGGUGAGAUAGCACAGGGAGAGAGAACUACUAUGGGUCAGCCCAACGCUGCUUAAACACCAUUCCUCUCACUCCUCACCACUUAUUGUCUUCGCUACUCAUGUCCUC